AUGGCGGAGAAAGACGACGGCAAAAAGACGGUGGUCUUUUUCCAUCCCGACCUGGGCAUCGGUGGUGCAGAGCGCCUCGUCGUCGAUGCAGCUGUUGGACUCCAGAACCGCGGCUGCAAGGUCGUCAUCUUUACGAGCCACUGCGACAAGGGCCACUGCUUUGAGGAAGCUCGAGAUGGAACCCUUGACGUCCGCGUCCACGGCGACUGGCUCCCCCAAUCGAUCCUCGGCCGCCUCACCAUCCUCUGCGCCAUCGCCCGCCAGAUAACCCUCCUCCUCCACAUCUACUUCUCCCGCGAGCUCCAGUCCCUGGACCCGGACUUCUUCUUCGUCGACCAGCUUUCUGCCGGCCUGCCCCUCCUGCAAUACCUCGUCCCCAAGGCGCCCAUCCUCUUCUACUGCCACUUCCCCGACAUGUACCUCGCCCUCGGCCGCGAGCGCUGGUGGAAGCGCCUCUAUCGCGUCCCCUUCGACUGGGUCGAGCAGUGGAGCAUGGGCUUCGCCGACGAGAUCGCCGUCAACUCGGGCUUCACCAAGGGCGUCGCCACCCGCGCCUGGCCCGCCCUCGCCAAGAAGAAGAACUUCAAGGUCGUCUACCCCUGCGUCGACAUCGACCCCAAGAAGAGCGAGACCGUUUCGACAGAAGAGCCCGUUUGGACCGACAGGAACAUCAUCCUGAGCAUCAACCGCUUCGAGCGCAAGAAGGACAUUGCGUUGGCCGUCAAGGCGUUCGCGGCGCUGCCCAAGGAGAAGAGGAAGGGCACGCGGCUGGUCGUCGCUGGCGGGUACGAUCUGCGCAGCGCCGAGAACUUCUACUACCACAAGGAGCUGGAGACGCUGGCCAAGGACCUGGGGCUCGAGUCGUUCACGGCCAAGAACAUCAUCACGGCGCUCUCCGCGCCCGCGGACAUCCCCGUUUUGUUCCUGCUGUCGAUCCCCUCGAGCUUGAAGGACAGUCUGCUCAAGUCGGCCAAGCUGCUGGUAUACACGCCCUCCAACGAGCACUUUGGCAUCGUGCCCCUCGAGGCAAUGUUGGCCGGCGUCCCGGUGCUGGCGGCGAACACGGGCGGCCCGACGGAGACGGUCAUGGAUGGCACUACCGGCUGGCUGCGGGAGCCGGACCAGGUGGAGGAGUGGACCAAGGUCAUGGACACGGUGCUGAACAAGAUGAGCAAGAAGGAGCUGGAAAAGAUGGGCGCGGACGGCGUGCAGAGGGUGCGCGUCGGCUUCGGGCAGGAGAAGAUGGCCGAGAGGAUCGACAAAAUUCUCGAUGACUUGGCGGACAGGCAGAGGGUCCCGCCAUGGAUCAAUGCCGUGCUCAACUUCCUCGGCAUUGGUAUUUUCUUCGCGUUUGGACUGGCCACCUCGAGCAUGCUUGCUAAGUCGCAAAAGAGGGAUUGA